AUGGCCGACGAUAAGUUUGACGAUGAGCCUCUCAACACAGACAAUGGUGCUGGGCGACCUCCACAACGCGAGCACAAGUACUCUACUGCAGACAUGAAGCCAGAGAAUCCUUGGAAGCGGAUCUGCUGUACCAUUUUGACUUGUCUCGUUUGUAUCGCCAUCAUGAUUCUCAUCUCCCUUCUUAUGCAAAAGCUCUUCGAUCCACCCGAAGAUGAGGACUGGUCUGAUGAUGCCGUGAAUGCAACGGAUGAUGAUAUUGUGGGAGUCGCAGGUGCAUUGACCGGCGCAGCCGCUACACUCCCUAAGAAUAUGGCAUUCAUCGAAGACGUUUGUUCCGAAGCACGCAUUGGAGAAGACGAUACUGCAGCCUGUGAAGCUGCCUGUACUCCUGCUAAGGACUGUUGCAACCCCUAUUCUGGUGGUGGCAAUAGUACUUGCUUUGAAGGAGAACAAACUGGAUGCUUUGCCUAUUCCAAGUGUCACUCCUUGACUGGUUUCUUUGAUGCUGCUCAUAAUGAUUUGGAUCGAGUCUGUAGCAAAGCCAGCCUUGAAAUCAACCGGGAAGAGUGCGAACAGGCGUGCUCCUCUCUUUCCUGUUGCUACCAGGAAUCGGAAUCUUGUGUCGCUAAACAUUUCGAGGCAUGCUUGGAUUAUGCGGCUUGUCAAAAUCUGAAAGAAGACUCUAUUGGUGUGGCACCCAUGGAUUUGGAUGAAACCUGUGAAAGGUCGUCACCUGUCUGCAAGAGAGAGUGUAAGGAUGCUCUUUGUUGCUCCGAUCCAAAUUCGAAAUGCUACCGCGAAAACUUUGUGGCGUGUCUUUCCUACAUGUACUCAGCUUGCACUGGCCAUUCCGAUACCAAAAUCACUGUGGCACCUAUCAAUUCUCGAGUGAAUGCAGCUCCAUCCAACCUCGAAGAAGUCUGCUCCCCUAAGGGGCUUGCUGAGCAUGGUUCUGGCCAGUGCCAACAAGCUUGCUCAGCAGCUGCUUGUUGCUGGUUGGAUGGUGCGUCAGGGUGCUUUGGCGAGGAUCCUCUGGGAUGCAUUGAAUAUCAACGUUGUUCCAUCUUGAAUGAGCCCAAUUCUGCUGCGGAUGUUCCAGUCAGCCCGGUCAGGUCAGCUACAAUUUCUCCUGAGGCAGAAUCAUCACCUGGGCCGUCUUCUGGGGGAACCACUACAGCUCCAGCACCUGAACCCACUUCAGCUGGUACUUCUACAACUCCAGCCCCUUCAGCAGGGGGGACUACCACUACAACUCCAGCCCCUUCAGCAGGAACGCCGCAACCUAGUGCCGUUGCCUCAACUGAGCAGGCUCAAGCUCGCGGUUUCCGCGGAAUUCCGAACUGA